UCCACACUCUACAGCUCCGUCUUUCCUCCCAAUCCAUCCGUUCCUUCUGCCGCGGCCCCUCAAUCUCCAACUACUCCCCGGUUGGUUUGUUCAUCGACCCAUCACAGAUUCACAGUUCGUCCGUCCAUGAUGAAGCACCAGCGACCAGCAGCAGACCGGGCCGUGUCACUCUCCCUCUCCCUCUCCCUCGGCGCCGUGGCCGGCCUCAAGAAGAAGAUGCGCCGCGCCGCCGACGCAGCCGGUGGGGAUCAGUUCGUGUGCAAGACGUGCGGCCGCUCGUUCCCGUCGUUCCAGGCCCUCGGCGGCCACCGGACCAGCCACCUGCGCGGCCACCACGGGCUCGCGCUCGCCCUCACCCUCACCGCCGGGGAUCUGUACCGUGUCAAGCCCAAGAGUACUACGGAUCAGAAGCAGGCGCACCGUUGCCACAUCUGCGGCCAAGGGUUCGAGACGGGGCAGGCGCUCGGCGGCCACAUGCGCCGGCACCGUGAUGGGGCGCCGCCCGUUCUGCUCGAGCUGUUUCUCUAGACUGAUCUCAGUAGUUCUAGUGCAGAGUUCCUGACAUGCAUAUGCGUGCACACUCGUAGCAGUAGGUGUUGAUCAUUGGUUCGUUCAUUCCUUCAUAUGUGUAUUAUACAUUAGUUCGUUCAUUCCUUCAUAUGUGUAUAUACAUUAGUUCGUUCAUUCCUACUAGUGCAGAGUACAUUAGUUCAUUCGUUUAUGUUGUUGAACCGAACCAUAUAGUAUUUCUCAGUUGACUGGAGCAUAAUCCAGCCCGGUCUAUACCUGCAGUUGUAUAACGCGCCCACAGGGCCACAUGGUCCUGCUGAAAAGGAAUGCAGUAUGUAUGAAUCUUGUUG